GGCCAGAGUUAUCCGGAAAGAGAUGCCAACCCUGCCCGGUUGGUUGAUUCAGAUGAAUCGGACUUUGCAAGUGCUCUGACCCUUGCCAUCGGAGAAUUUGCGACUUUUCAACCUCAACUAGUCGCACGGAGCUUUUCUAUAUUCAUGAGAUUAAAAGUCAGACCACAGAAUUUGGAGGUCGAGAGAUUUUGGAUCUCCUUCAAUCAAUUCAGUUUUCUACAACACGUUCCUCGAUGCUGUCUUUGUUGUUGACUACGAGUCUCGACGACUUGCAGAGAUUUCGCGCGUUUUGGGGUUUAUGGAACAGAUCCAUGUGUCACGGUAUACAACGCGUGGCGACGGAGAUGCACAAUGGUUGCAGCUGCACGUACUAUAUGUACCACCACCCCUCUUCAGAGGACAAAUGAUUGAAAAUCCUGGAUGAGUUCAACGGGCGACGAAUACGAUUUUUGGGCCCAAUUGAUUCCAUUUAUGAUACAGAGUUGGCCCAUCUAUAACUUCCAAUAAAUAUCACAACUGCAUCUGAAAGCUUUCUUGACCACCUUUUGCACGGUCAACUAUGAGGUGGGAAGAUGAUGGCUAUGCGCGCAGAGACGAUGAUGGUUCACGGGUGACGUUUGAAGAGUAUCAAAAAAAGUCCUCUGAGACUGCCAAUGGUAAGAAGAAUAGGUGGAACUUGACCAACGGAGAUCUAAAACUAUUUGCUAUCACCGGGGUCGGCUUCUUCCUUGAUUCUUACGACCUGUUCAUCAUUAACCUAGUGACGCCAGUAUGGCUCUAUGAAUACUGGGGAGGGCUGGACGGCCGUAAGCCUCAUUAUCCGCCCCUCCUACGAGGUCUUGUCAAUGCAGGCUCCAACAUUGGCAACAUCAUCGGACAGCUCUCAUUCGGCUUCCUCGGAGACGUCUUUGGUCGAAAGUUUGUCUAUGGUAAAGAACUAAUCGUGGUGAUAAUUGGCACGAUACUUACCAUCAGUCUCCCCAACGAUAUUCCAACCCCAACCUUGAAGAUGAUCUAUCUCUUCUGUUUCCGAAUCCUGAUGGGAGUUGGUAUCGGAGGGGAUUACCCCAUGUCCGCAGCGAUCGUGUCAGAGAGGUCUCUGCUUCUCAAGCGUGGCCAGUUGUUGGCAUGGAUCUUUUCAAAUCAAGGUUGGGGCACUCUCGCAGGUUCUGUUGCGACGGUCAUCAUUCUUGCAUCCUUCAGUCACGCCUUGAGCGCAGAAGGACAUUACGGUCAACUGGACGCUGUAUGGCGAAUCCAGAUGGGCCUAGGGCUCGUCCCAGCCCUUGCUACGAUCUACUUCCGCCUUACCAUGCCCGAGGGUAGGAAAUACUUACAAUCUCGAGAAUUGAAUGGCUCGGGCUCGCCGAAGUCUGGUGUGAGCAAGGACGGAGCCUCCUCGGAAUCUGGUCAGGAACCGCAAUCAGAGUCACUGCGCAGUACUGUUCGUUCAACCGGGACCGCUUCUUCUGUCGAUCCAACCACUUCGGCGCUUGAGAAGAAGCUCGCUGCCAGUGCUUCAAGCUUCGACAAGUAUAAGCCGUUCUUCGUUUACUUCAGCAAAUGGAAGCAUCUCAGUGUACUCUUGGGAACGACCACGACUUGGUUCCUGCUCGACGUUGCCUUCUAUGGCACGAAUCUGAACCAGUCAGUCCUCCUCAGUGAGAUCGGUUUCUCUACCGGCAAAACCGAGUACGAUGUUCUAAUGAAGAAUGCGUGCGGAAAUCUCAUUAUUGCUGUCGCCGGGUACGUUCCGGGAUACUUCUUCACAGUAUACUUUGUCGAGAGACUCGGUAGACGUUGGAUACAGAUACAAGGAUUCCUAAUCGUUGCCUUGAUGUUUGCCGUCAUAGCGGGCGACUAUGAUCAUCUUGGAACUGGAGGGAAAUUUGUCUGCUUUGCUAUUGCCCAGUUCUUCUUCAAUUUCGGUCCCAACGCCACUACAUUCAUUAUCCCUGCUGAAGUCUUCCCUUCACGAGUACGAGGGCUGGCGCAUGGUACCAGUGCUGCCGUGGGUAAAUUGGGUGCCAUCCUGUCCGCACUACUAUUCAAUUACCUCAGUGGCGACAACAUCAUCGGUCUUGCGAAUGUAAUGUGGAUUUUCUUUGCUUGCAAUAUCUUGGGCGCCAUCAUUACUUUCUUUCUGAUACCCGAGACCAAAGGCAAGGAUGCGGAUGUGGUGGACUUUGAAGAGUGGCAGGAGAACCAAGCCAGACUGAACCCUGAGAAAGUCUAAAAAGUAACGCGACCAAUUUGUACCCCUUAACCAUUUGGUUCAUUACGGAACAAGGUGACUAUCUCGACCCUUGGUGAGUGAUGUAUUGCUGGAACGUGAGCUACUAGUACUUGAAGGGGCUAUUGUAACCGAGUCGGGAGGCCGACGACGGGCGUAAAGGCGCAAUAGCUGUGUUAUCUGAGGUUUCUGAUCAGGAGAUUGUGUGAAGAAAUGCAUUGUCCUUCCAGUGGAACAAGGAAGAGGUCCAAAAGUGAAAUCGAACAUCUAGCUUCUGUCUUGUUGGGUCAGAACAUUCAUGGAUAUAAUCUUUCAGACUGGAUGUUAAGUUUGAGAUAGAAUAAAGAAUCUUAAUGGAAGAGGAUAUGUAUAUGAACAUUUUGGAUCAGAAGGCAAGCACUGGGGUUGAUGAGAAUUCAGAAUGAGGCUCCGAGUGUGCAUUCAGAUAAGAUGGAUACACCGAUUAGCAAAAUACCUGUCUUGGCAAGGGGAUCGAUA